GAUCUCUGCCCCGCCCCCGCGGUGGCCUGCUGCUUGCCCGCUGCUCUCUCCCUCGCUGCCGCCACCUGCUUCCCGCACUGGACAUGGCCGGCAAGGCACACAGGCUGAGCGCCGAGGAGCGAGACCAGCUGCUGCCAAACCUGAGGGCUGUGGGGUGGAAUGAAGUAGAAGGCCGAGAUGCUAUCUUCAAGCAGUUCCAUUUUAAAGACUUCAACAGGGCUUUUGGCUUCAUGACAAGAGUAGCCCUGCAGGCUGAAAAGCUGGACCACCAUCCCGAGUGGUUUAACGUGUACAACAAGGUCCAUAUCACCUUGAGCACCCAUGAAUGUGCCGGUCUUUCGGAACGGGAUAUAAACCUGGCCAGCUUCAUCGAACAAGUCGCCGUGUCUAUGACAUAGAUCUACCCUGACUCUUAUUUGCUUGGGGGAAGGAGUGACUGGAGGAGGAACCUAGGAAGGGAACCAAGGAGGCUGGCCCUUGCUCCCUGACUCUUUCAGUGACCACCACCUCCCUAUGCAGAAGGGAUGUCAAUGUCAACAGCAGGGACUGAGACCUUUCUCUGUGCCACUCUCCUCACUGGGGCUCUGCCAUGUUACACUAAUUUGAAUAAGCUCUCCCUUUUUCUGUAGAGUUCCCAGCCUCAGUAAUGUUCCAGGCUGCUUCUUGUUCCUUUUCUACCCUUUCUAGUUCAUUUUCCAAGGUAGCUGUGAUAAAGCAUGACAUAAAAGCCCAAUUCAGAUCCUACUAAUAAAACAAGCUCCAAUGUAUUAUGGAAACAUGUGCUUUUACGCCUCCAAUAAAACUAUGUUAUCGAUGGGCUCA